GGUUGAUGAACCAGUUCUGAUAGGAUGCAAACUAGCAUAUAAAGGGAGCGAGUUCAUUUUCAUACCUCAGAUCUCACCCUUGCAAGAUGAUACGAAAGAGUGUUACAGAGAGCUUUGGCGCAGCCAUAUCAUCUUUGAGCACAGCCCAUCUUACUGAUGGAGUUAUCAGAAGAAGCAAGAGGAUGAUGCUGGACACACUGGGGGUUGGAUUGCUUGGAACCAGAACUCCAGUCUUUAAUGUGGCGUUCCAGUACAGCAAGAGAUACCAAGAGAAACAGAACAGCAGUGUGUGGGGGAGACCAGGGUCAUUCCUUCCACCUCAUUAUGCUGCAUUUGUCAAUGGGGUUGCGGUGCACUCUAUGGAUUUUGAUGACACCUGGCAUCCUGCCACUCACCCCUCUGGAGCCGUGCUGCCUGCGCUGUUGGCUCUAGCCGAGUCUCUGCCUUCUAAACCUUCAGGCUUGGACCUACUUCUGGCCUUCAAUGUGGGACUUGAAGUUCAGGGAAGAUUGAUGAGGUUUUCAAAAGAGGCUCAUAACAUCCCCAAAAGGUUCCAUCCUCCUACAGUUGUUGGUGUUAUGGGCAGUGCAGCUGCCACAGCUAAACUCCUGGGUCUGUCCCCAUCUCAGACCAUGGCAGCUCUUGCUAUUGCAUGUUCAUCUGCCGGUGCUCCACUAGCAAAUGCUGCUACUCAGACUAAGCCACUGCACUUGGGAAAUGCUGCUAGGAGGGGCCUGGAAGCAUCUCAGCUUGCUCUUCUUGGUCUAGAAGGCAACAAACACAUUCUGGACCUGGAGUCAGGCUUUAGCAUCUUCUACCAGGAUUAUUUUCCACGUCAUUUGGCUGAAGUUUCCCCAACUAGCCAGUACAGGUGGGUGCUGGAUGAACAGGAUAUUGCAUUUAAGCGAUUUCCUGCUCAUCUCGGCAUGCACUGGGUAGCCGACGCAGCAGUCGAAGCGAGGAAUAAAAUUCACACCAGAGAGCCAAAUGCUGAUCUCAGUCAAAUUAAAAGGAUUGUACUGAGAGUCCCUUCAUCCAGGUACAUAGAUUGCCCACUCCCAGCAACAGAGCACGAGGCUAGGCACUCGUACCAGUUCAACUGCUGCAGUGCACUGCUCGAUGGUGAGGUCACUGUGGAUUCCUUCAGCAGUAAAAUGAUGGAAAGGAAAGCACUGAAGGACCUGCUCCUCAAAGUUCAUCUGGAAAAUCCAGAAGACAAUCAGGCUAGUUUCGAAAAGAUGUACUCUGAAGUUGUGGUAGAGAUGGCCAACGGAGAAACAUACAAAGCACGUUGUAACACAUUUUAUGGUCACUGGAGAAAGCCUCUCAGUCAGGAGGAUUUGGUAAGGAAAUUUAAGAAUAAUGCAGCGACUGUGCUGGGCACAGAUGCUGUAGAUAGUAUUGUGCAAUUUAUUGACAGCAUGGAGACAGUCACUGACUGUUCUGUGCUUGGGUCAUGCAUGCAAUUUCAUAAGCACAUAAACCACAGCAAUGAAUCCUAUUAUUCAGCAUCUACUUGAGUGUUACUGUAAUGAUAACUCAUACAUAACUCAAACUGACAUUUGACUGAGCUUUAAUUUUGGAAUGGUGAUCUUUGCACAUACAAGAAUCUUCUGUUUUAAAUGUAUCAAUGAAGCCUGAUAAAUUAAGUACUAGACUGCUUUUAUUACCUGCCAAAACAGAAGAUAAUAUCUGACAUGAAUACUCACAUAUGCAUAUUUAGUGGAUUAGCUAUCAUAAAUGGUUGAUAGUCUGUUUAGUUAGUUGUUUCUUAAGACUUGAGAUCAAGGUAUGAAAAGUGAGAAAUAUGCCAAUAAUGAACACAGUAGUAUUACUUAUUCUUUAUGCAUGUUUGCAAUCAGUAACAACUGAAACUAAAUGUUGAAGCUUUGUGUACUCUGAUGUAUUUACAUAAUGCAUAAAUAAAGUGUUAGAAAAC